AUGUCUAUUAUGUUAGUGUCGUGUCUGAGAAUUAAGUUUAUAGUUGAAAUGUUUAUUUUCUACUUUGUUUACAUUAAAUAUUUUGUUGGCUGUUUUGAACACCACUUACACGAUAUGCCCUCUAUCAUUGGAUGCAAAGAUAUCACCCCCUAUCAAGACUCAAAAACCACUUACACUCAACCACAGCGCGAGAAAAACAAUAAUAAAAUUACACAGAAACAAAACAUCUCAACAAUCUCUGAAAAUAGCACGUCUCAGAACAACUCCUCUCAAUCACUGCAAAAAAAAAGCACCUCCCUGCAUCACGUAACCAAGGUCAACAACUCCCUAGUUACGGAGCCCUAA